AUGAAUCCCCCCACCGGAGGUUUAUUUUUAGUUACGAUCGUCUUUUUCGUUUCUUUCUCUGAAUCGUUCUCCAACUACAAGCCAACGGUGGGUAAACUCACAAUAGCCGAGAACGAGGAACGAAUGGAUGUUUGUGGAGUCCACAAUCUAAGGGACUUGGAGAAUGGAGAAACUGUUGUCAAAGAGAAGGUCAAUUAUCCCUCUUCGAAAUAUCUAACAGCACUGUCCACCAGACAUAUCAUCCUAUCUCCACUCUCAAACUUGUUGGGAUUCAUUUACAAUAAGGAUGAGUGCAAAAACAAUAUCCAAGUCUUCAAAAUCAACUCAACACCAAAUGUGCUUGGAAAACUGAACGAAGAGUUGAAGGCUCACUAUAUUGGUUUUUGUGAACAUGACGUCCCACGUGGAUUUGUGAUUCUUGAGCAAUCUCUGCCAAACCUCCGGAAUCUAGUUUUUAACUGUUUGCCUGGCACCAAGAUCAAAGCAGGUAACAAAGUAGAAGUCAUCACCAAGCCAAACCCCACUGUUCCUGUUGAGCAAUACAUCACAACCAAUGUUAACUUCUGCAAAAAUAUCUCGGAGGAAAUGUGCACUGAACAGUUGUUUGAUGGUUCCGGAGGUCCAGUUUUUGAUAUCACAUAUGAAAGACGAAUCUACGUUGGGCACACCACUUUUAAUGACAAUGAGUCAACUCGCGUUGAGCAGAUCUAUCCGUAUCUACAGGAAAUUUGCGACGUAGCUGGAAUUUGUGAUAAAGCAACGAGCAAAUUUUCUCAUGGCAGUGCGUCAUUUCUCUCAUCUUUCGACGAGUCGAAACUAUCUUUUGUGGACCCUGAUGAGCCCGUCAUUCAUGUCAAUUUUCCUCCACAUGCUGAAUCAUCAGAAGAUACAAUCGUUACGUCCCUCAAUACUGCUUUGAAUUCUGUUAUUGAUGUUGAAGAUGUUGAUGUUGGAGACAUGAAGGUCGAAAUCGAAGAAAUCGAGAGCUCUGGAACAACUUCUGAAGAAGCAAAAGACACAAAAAUAGAACAACGCAAAAAGUUUCAACGUCCAUUGAAGUCUGGUUCUGACAUUCGUGCAACAGAAUUACAAUCUAAUGUCAGCUCUAAUGGUGAAAAAGUUCUCAUCCUCUUCGAUUCGGAUGGGAAUGAAUCGGAACCAGUGAACUAUGAACCGCUUGUGAUGUCUGUUGUACCAGAACAGAAAAUUGAUGAGCCAGCACCGCAAGACUCAACUAUUGUUCGUGCCGAGCCUCGAUCCGCUGUGAUCAUACCACUUUCUAAAACAGAUAGCAAAGUUUCUAUCACUUCAGUGACUCCCUCAAAGCGUGCAUUUUUGAUCGUAGCUCUCAUUGCUAUCUCUCUCAUUUUUCUGAUCCAGUGCUGUCUCUACGGCUUCUUUGGAUACAAAGGCGCAGUCUACUACUGGAGACCGCUCAGAAGAAAUGCCUCCGCCUAA